AUGGCGAGCAAGCUAGCACCCUUCCUCCUGCGGACGGCCGUCCGGUCGGCAAGCCGGGCAGCGCGGCCCCUCGCCCCCCAGACCCGCGCAUUCUCGCGCUCGGGGAGGAGACAGAGCGACAACCUCAUGGUGCACCGCAACACGCCGGACAACAACCCCGACAUCCCCUUCAAAUUCACCCCGCAGAACGAGGCCAUCAUCGCCGAGAUCCUCAAGCGCUACCCUCCGCAAUACAAGAAGGCGGCUGUGAUGCCGCUGCUCGACCUGGGCCAGCGGCAGCAUGGCUUCACCAGCAUCAGCGUCAUGAACGAGGUGGCGCGCAUCCUCGAGAUGCCGCCGAUGCGCGUCUACGAGGUGGCUUCCUUCUACACCAUGUACAACCGGACCCCGGUGGGCAAGUUCCACGUGCAGGCCUGCACAACGACACCGUGCCAGCUGGGCGGCUGCGGCAGCGACGCCAUCGUGCAGGCGAUCAAGGAGCAUCUGGGCAUCAAGCAAGGGCAGACGACGGCCGACGGGCUCUUCACCUUCAUCGAGGUCGAGUGCCUGGGCGCGUGCGUCAACGCGCCCAUGGUGCAGAUCAACGACGACUACUACGAGGACCUCACCCCGGAGUCCAUCAAGUCGCUGCUGACGGCGCUCAAGGAGAGCGUGACGGACGUGAGCAAGGCCGCACAGGUGCCCAAGCCGGGCCCGCUGAGCGGGAGGCACUCGUGCGAGAACAGCGCGGGCAUCACCAGCUUGACGAGCGAGCCGUGGGGGGUCGAGAAGACGAGGGAUGAUUUGUAG